GGGGCGCCACCAAACCCCACCACCGCCGCCGCCUCUGCCUCCAUUUCCACGCCCCAUCCGCCGUCCCUCCCCACCCCCACCCCUGCCCCCGCCGACCCAUGAUAACCCGCCGUGCGGCGGUGGUAGCCCUACGCUCCUCCCUGCGCCGCGCCUGCUCCUCCCACGCCGCCGACUCCGGCGACCUCCUGCCUGGCCUCGUCGACCGGCCCACGCCGCGUCCCGUGCCCCGCCUCUCCCUCCACGACCUCGCCUUUAUUAGCGACCCUGCCCCCGCGCCCCCCGCCGCCGCCCUCCCGCCGCCGGAGGCCGUCCUGAUCUCCAAGGCGGUGCGGGCCUACGGCGCCGACUUCGAAGGCAAGGCUGAGCGGUUCCUGCGACGGUACCGCGAGUUCCUUACCGAUUCCGUCGUGGUCGCGGUGCUCAGGGCGGUGCGCUCCCCGGAGCUCUGUGUGAGGUUCUUCCUCUGGGCCGAGCGGCAGGUGGGUUACAGCCACACUGGUGCCUGCUACGACGCGCUCGCCGAGGUCUUGGGUUUCGAAGACCGCGCCAGAACCGCUGAGAGGCUGCUUAGGGAGAUUGGGGAGGAUGAUCGUGAUGUGCUCGGCAGAUUGCUCAAUGUGCUGGUGCGGCGGUGCUGCCGCCAGGGCCUGUGGGGCGAGGCUCUGGAGGAGCUUGGGAGGCUGAAGGACUUUGGGUACAGGCCGUCGGCGGUCACCUACAAUGCACUGGUGCAGGUGCUCGCGAGCGCCCGGCAGGUGGAAAUGGGGUUCCGGGUGCAGAAGGAGAUGUCGGCAUCAGGGUUCUGCAUGGACAGGUCCACAGUGGGAUCCUUUGCGCAGGCGCUGUGCAAGGAGGGGCGUUGGGGCGAUGCACUUGACAUGUUAGAGAAGGAGGAUUUUAAGCUUGACACGGUGUUGUGCACCCAGAUGAUCAGUGGACUGAUGGAGGCCUCCCUUUUCAAUGAGGCCAUGUCAUUUCUUCAUAGGAUGCGGUGCAACUCGUAUAUCCCGAAUGUGGUAACGUAUAGGACGCUGCUCUCAGGAUUUCUGAAAAAGAAGCAACUUGGCUGGUGCAAGAGAAUCAUUAACAUGAUGAUGACGGAGGGUUGCAACCCAAAUCCUUCAUUGUUCAAUUCACUUGUGCAUACUUACUGCAAUGCUGAGGAUUAUGCAUAUGCAUAUAAACUGUUUAAUAGGAUGAAUAACUGUGGUUGUCCUCCUGGUUAUGUUGUAUACAACAUAUUCAUUGGAAGCAUUUGUGGUCGAGAAGAAUUGCCAAAUCUUGAGUUGUUGGAUUUGGCAGAGAAAGUUUACGAGGAGAUGCUGGUUGCUAGUUGUGUUCUCAAUAAGGUUAACACUGCCAAUUUUGCUCGGUGCCUUUGUGGUGUGGGAAAAUUUGAGAAGGCAUUUCAGAUAAUGAAGGAGAUGAUGAGGAAAGGCUUUGUUCCUGAUGCAAGCACGUACACUAAGGUGAUUACUUUUCUGUGCCAGGCUAACAGGGUAGACAAGGCCUUCCUUUUAUUUCAAGAGAUGAAGAAGGUAGGUGUUAAUCCGGAUGUGUACACAUACACAAUUUUGAUCGAUAGCUUUUGUAAGGCUGGUCUCAUUGAACAAGCCCAGGUCUGGUUUGAUGAGAUGAGAAGUGCUGGCUGCUCACCAAAUGUAGUGACAUAUACUGCAUUGCUUCAUGCUUACCUGAAAUCUAAGCAGCUCUGUCAGGCUAAUAUCAUCUUCCACAGAAUGGUUGAUGAUUCCUGCUAUCCAAAUGCUGUUACAUAUAGUGCACUAAUUGAUGGCCUCUGUAAGGCGGGCGAAAUCCAAAAGGCUUGCGAAGUCUAUGCCAAAUUAAUAGGGACUUCUGACAGUAAAGAAUCUGAUUUCUACUUUGAAGGCAAGGACACAGACACCAUUUCUCCAAAUGUUGUCACCUAUGGUGCACUCGUAGAUGGUUUGUGCAAAGCUCAAAAGGUGGCUGAUGCUCAUGAGUUGCUAGAUGCUAUGCUAUCAUCUGGCUGUGAGCCCAACCAGAUUGUUUAUGAUGCUCUGAUUGAUGGUUUUUGCAAAGUUGGAGAAAUCGAUAGUGCUCAGGAGGUAUUUCUGCGGAUGACUAAGUGUGGUUACUUGCCUAGUGUGCAUACAUACACGUCCUUGAUUGACCGGAUGUUCGAGGAUGGGAGACGUGAUCUUGCAAUGAAAGUUUUGUCUCAAAUGCUAAAGGAUUCAUGUAAUCCUAACGUCGUCACUUACACAGCUAUGGUUGAUGGGCUCUGUAAAACAGGUGAAACUGAAAAAGCCCUAAACCUGCUGUCAUUGAUGGAAAAGAAGGGAUGCAGUCCAAAUGUUGUAACUUACACUGCCCUAAUAGACGGACUAGGGAAAGCUGGUAAAGUUGAUGCAGGUCUUAAGCUUUUUAUGCAAAUGAAGACAAAAGGAUGUGCUCCCAACUAUGUUACAUACAGAAUACUGAUAAACCAUUGCUGUGCUGCUGGUCUUUUGGACGAUGCCCAUUUACUGCUUGAUGAGAUGAAGCAGACCCACUGGCCAAAGUAUCUGCAAGGAUACCACAGCACAGUUCAGGGUUUCAGCAAGAAGUUUCUCGCUUCUCUUGGUUUGUUGGAGGAGAUGGAAUCACAUGACACAGCACCGAUAGCUCCUGUUUAUGGGAUGCUCAUUGAUAGUUUCUCCAAGGCUGGUAGACUGGAGACAGCCUUGGAGUUGCACAAAGAGAUGAUGGAAGUCUCGUCAUCCCUAAAUAUGGCCAGCACGGACAUGCACACCUCAUUAAUCCAGGCACUUUGUUUAUCAUCUCAAGUUGAAGAAGCAAUUGCAUUAUAUAGUGAAAUGACCAGGAAAGGCAUUGUACCAGAUUUAAGUGCCUUUGUUUGUCUUGUAAAGGGACUAAUUGAAAUGAACAAGUGGAAUGAAGCUCUUCAGUUGUGUUAUGGCAUAUGCCAGGAGGGUGUGAACUGGCAGGGUAACAAAUUCUGUGAUGGAGGGUAGAGCUGUGGUACCUUACUGUACAUUAUAACUCCAAAUUUCUCCCCUAAGAAGUCGCAUCUCUAUGUCUCAUGCUUUGCUCCAAGAUGUGGUGUGAUCCAGUCACCCUGAGACAGAAAUGUGCAACUCAUGGAUGACUGAAGAAAAACAGCAACCAGGACUUGGAGUAGCACUGCACUACAAAGAGAUAAGAUUGAUUCUUAAGCUACAUGUAUGGGUGCUGCUGCUGCUGCUGAUCAUCAUGAUGAUUGAAGAAAACCUUCAGUACACUGCAUGCAGUCAAAUUGCACUCACGUAAGCACAACCUUUUGAAGAGUCAGCAGAACUUUAUUUGUCAAUAGCGGCAGCUAAUUUAGGUCGUUACCUGCUUAACUGUGACAUCACACGAUGCAAAUUCCAUCCCAUUUUGAUGAGGGAUGGCUGGUUCAUCUUCAGAUGGACAAAGAAAUUUCACUGGCUAUCAGGAUUAGUCUUUGUAUAUAAGAUGGUGAUGGCUACAGAAGUCUUGCUGGUGGUGAAGAUAGCAUGAAAGUUGCAUAACCCUUCUUUAUUCAUCAUUUCAGUGAUAUACCAUAUGGAACAAUACAAUUGCUUUGAUAUGAUUUACUCCCUCCGUCCCAUAAUGUAAGACGUUUUUUGACACUGCACUAGUGUCAAAAGACGUCUUAUAUUAUGGGAAGGAGGUAGUACUUGAGUAUCCUUCUAGCUCCUUCAUGUUCUGCUUUAGUGGUAUAGCAACAGAGAUGCUCUGUGAUCGCAUGAACAUAAUCAAAUAUCUUUCACCCUUUUGUUACUGGGGAAAUUUUAGUGUGUAUUGCUUUGAUGUUUUGAUAUGACUUAAAUGUGAAUACACAGUGGCUUCCAUCAUAGUGGAACAUUUCAUCCAUUUCUGUUUCGACAUCAAAAUAUCUGACAUCUGUUUUGCUCUGGCAUUUUGUGACAUUUCAGUCCUUGCUGAUCUCAGCUUGUUUCUGACAUUUAGUCCUGUUUCAUUUGUUUUCGUAUGAAGUAAGUAUUCUUCAAUGAGUUUUUAUUGAGAUUUCUGCACUACCAAUAUCUAGCCUUAUUAUUUUCAUACGGAAUAGUAUACUUGCAACGAGUUGUGUUGAGAACUCUGGGAACUUGGCAUCUUUAUAACUGGGCUGCUAUGGUACCCUGAUGUGAUGAAGAUAUUACAGUUAGAUUGGAGGCAUAUUCUAUGUCAGGAAGCAGCAUCGUGUUGACGGCUCAAAAUUUGCCAAGCUGCAUGGUUUCUUCGAAUUUUUAGACAUCAAAUGUCAAGUACUUCUAUAAAUUAAUGACUCAAGCAAUAUGUUUGUAUCUCUGCACACCUAUAAGAAUAUAUCUUAUACCUUUUCUAGAUGCAGCUACCAUAUCCGAAGCACUAGUUACUUUCUAGUGUGUUUGCGUUAGUAUUUGGAAGUGCUGUGUGCUUGUAUGGCUUCUAUUGAAUAUUGAAUCGAACGAACUUUGUGGUGCAUAUAUCUUCAUAGUCCAACUUCACAUACAUGGUAUGUCAUUGUGAUUUCUGAUAUAUAUGUUCACAGAAAAGCAUAGGAGGAUGUGCUAUAGUAUUUUUUAUUGGAAAGAGGAUACCUUGCUUCUGCAGAACUUCUAACAUUUAUGCUUUAAUUUGCAGGGGAACAUACUAAAAAAUUCGAUGGCUCUUCAAUGCCUUGUGUAGUCAGGGUGCAACUUUUGUGACUGAAUGUGGAAUCGGUAAAUCACAUGAAUUUUUUUUAUGCAUUCCUUAUUGUUUCUCUUGGUAGUUGCAUCAUUUAAGUGUUAAGGCUGCAUGUAAUCUCCAAUUAGCAUCAUAUCUCUCUCCAUGCCAUAAAGAAUCUUUGCUCGAGUCAUGCCACUCAAUGGAAAUGAAUUUUUUAAAAGAAAGCAAUUAUUUGCCAUGGAAUAUACCUUGCCAUGUCUGCAGAGGAGUACUCUUAACGAAUUAUAUGGGGAGCAUUUUUGUGAAAAGUAAAGGUGAAUUAUAGCUAGUAGGUAUUGCAUCACCUAUUCACAUAGCUAGAUGUUUUUAUCAACUUUUGAGGGUUCUGAAGCAGACUGAUGUUCAUGACCAUUAUAGUAAGGGUAAUCCGCUAAAUAGUUUAGUGGGCCAUGAUGAUGACAUGCUACUUAGUUGUUGUUGUGAUGUACUCCCUCCGUCCCAUAAUGUAAGACGUUUUUUGACACUACACGUCUUACAUUAUGGGACGGAGGGAGUACUGCAUCCACCUAGAUCCCAGAUUUUCACAGUUCAUGCAAAAUGAUCAGUACAAGUCCAGAUGAGGUGAUUCACUGGGGCAUGUUGUAUAUAUUUGCUGUUCGUGGGCUAAUGUUCGUUCUCCUUGAACUCAGCCUCAUGUUUCUGAAGGAUGCUAGAAUGUACAGUAGAAGUGACGGCCAGUACUAUGAGGAUGUUAGUGGAUUUCAUGAAGGCAUCACUGGGAACUUUGGCAAGUGAGUCUAUGCUAUUAUGCCUAUAAUCUCGAGCAAGAGGCUGGACCGGUCAAAGUGUAGCAUGGGGAAUUUAGCCCCCAUCACACAAUAAUGUCGGCAUUCUCUGAGCAUAUAUUUGUGACCGUGAUCUUUCAUACAAAUGCUACAAUAUUAUUGUGCC